ACCAAAAGAUGUCUGUAAAAAUGAGAAAUUUUUCAGCUAAACACAGCCAUGGUGCACCAGUAUGUACACCACAGUGUUUUUUCCCUUGUAUGUAUAGAAACCAGUCUAUCAUACAAGAGUGUCAAAGUUGGAUCUGAUGGACUUAUUUUAGCAGUUUGGAGGACGUAGGUUUUGGACGAUCUCAUUAGCAUAUUUUCGGGGUCAUCCACUAUGAGCAAGGUAUCUUUUCGGGCUCGGGCGCUGGACGCCUCGAGGCCGAUGCCAGUUUUUAGGGCCGAUGAAAUUCCAGAUUUGCCUGAUUUUGCCACCAUUAACCGAUCGGUUCCUCAAAUGCCGACGGGAAUGGAAAAAGAGGAAGAAACGGAACAUCAUCUUCAAAGGGCAUUAUCAGCGCAGCAAGUGUAUGGCACAUCAGAGGCUUUGGUCAUCCCCAUUCCAGAGAUUGAUCAUAUUGACAGAUAUGGCAACCUGUACAAAGAUGACUUCAAGAUUCCAAAGCAGUAUGUUCAUAUGCAAGCUUUCAGUAUGGACCAGGAAAUACCUGAUUAUGACAUGGACAGCGACGAUGAAGUUUGGUUGACAGAACAAAGCAAGAAGAUGGAGCUUUCAUCACUGAAGUUUGAAGAAAUGAUGGACAGGCGAAAGGGAAGUGGUCAACAAGUUGUUACACUCCAGGAAGCGAAGGCAUUAUUAAAAGAAGAUGAUGACUUGAUAAUAGCUGUCUACGAUUAUUGGUUAAACAAAAGAUUAAAAAUGCAACAUCCCUUGAUCUUGUCAGUGAAGACGGAGAAGAGGGAUGGCUCAACCACCAAUAAUCCAUAUGUAGCCUUCAGAAGAAGAACAGAGAAAAUGCAAACCCGAAAGAACCGAAAGAAUGAUGAAGUCUCAUAUGAAAAAAUGCUGAAACUUAGAAGAGACAUUAGCCGAGCUUUAACUUUAAUAGAGAUGAUCAAAAGGAGAGAGAAGACAAAAAAGGAGAUGCUGCAGCUGACAAUAGAAGUUUUAGAAACAAGAUAUCAGAUGGAGGAUUUCAAUGGCACUCACUUGGCUGAAGCUGAAGAGCUAAGACACUCCAUGAAGCGUACCAUUGUUCCUACAAUACCACUGGGAGACUGGGGACGACGAGAGGCAGCACCUGUUAAAAAGAAAAGAGAAUACAAGAAACGAAAAAGUAAGCCUAAUCAGCAGCAACAGCAGCUGCCUCAAGUGUCUCCAUACGGUGAGAUUGAUGUCAUUCAUCCUGACGUCUUCAGCUCUGAUGAGGAGGGACUUUCCCCAGGUAUGUCUACAUCUGAUCAUGAAGACGAAAAUGAUCCAGAUGGAAUGUUUGCCUUCAGGAGGAAAAAGCUCUGUAACUAUCAUGCACCUCUGUUGGGUCGGCCUGGCAACUGGCCAUGGUAUGGCUCAGAAGAUGGUGGGUUGGGGGAUAAAAAAUAUCGUUACUCACUGGCUUCCCUGUCAGCUCCUCAGCGGUGUGUGGGCUUUAUACGACGGAGAAUAGGCAGGGGAGGCAGGGUGAUAUUGGACCGUGCAUCAACAGAAUGGGAUGAUGGUCUGGCAAAUGUUGAUUUCAGCAACAGUAGCUCGUCUAAUAAAGGUGUCCUUGGAGAUUAUCUUGUUUAUGUCCGGGAAAGAAAAGUAGCUCACUACCGACCACGCACACCGCCCCAGGAGGACUUUGUGUCAUUAGGCAGCUCUACCCCGUCCUCUACGCCAAUCAGCACAGAAUUUAACCUGGAGAGUUUCCAGUGCCACCAGGAACAACUGCUCCAGAUGCAGAGAGAUCAGCAGGAACAGAUGCUACGACAAGAGACCAGUGGCUUAGAAAACUCCUAUAACACUUUGGAUCAUUCCUUCACUUCACAACCCACCUCACGCUUCACAUUAGACUCUGAGAAGGCUCGAUUCGCGGCCUCAGCUGUCAUAAACUCUGCUCAACUCAACGUCCAAACAUCCAGUGUGGUGACCACUCCAGCUGGGACAGUUACGACAACAACAACUACUGUGGCCAAUGGCCCUGUUGCAGACAACAAAGCUUCAGGACUGUCAACAUUACCUGCAGAGACAGUAUUAAGGUUAAACUUCCCGCUGAAUAAUUUGAUGUCAAGCAGGACGUCAGAAGCCAAUUCCAUUUUAAAAGUACCUUCAACAGUCUCCAGUCCUAUCGACCCUCUACCUAUUCCAAAGCAAAACCAUGAAGAAACUGUUUCAGUGAACAAUGUAGCCACAGACAGAGUUGUUGCCAUGGAUGUCACAUGACACUAGUGAUCGCUUUGGCAGAAUUGUGAUGCUUUGGUUGAUAAAUCAGGGAAAUCUGAUGCCUAUGAUGUGAUAUCCCCUAGGCGUCUGGCUAGAGCUGUCUGUGAGUGAUGCAGGGCAUGGGGUCUCCUGAUGUGUGUACCCGCAGGCUUGGCCUGGCACCCUUGUCCUGUCCAGGACAUGCUAAUUGGUGCUGCCACACCCUCACACACUCACCUGGCAAUAGCCACAGCUGGGGCAGAAAUCUCAGGAGUUGAGUGUUGUCAGUCUGUGUUUGUCUCGUGUUUGGAGACAGUCGCUCUGUGUAGUUUUCAUGAUGCCUUGUACGUUGCUGUGUGGAUGUUCACUGUUUAACUAUUCGUCAGGUGUUUGUGUCGAUCUCUUCAUUCCAUAUUUGGAGUGUAACAGUGGUGAAGAAGAAUAACCUGUAAGGUUAGAGCCCUUCUGAAGUUAGUGCUGUAGUGUGAUGACUGUACACACGGAAAAACAUUAAAUAAACAAACUGAAUACUAGUUUGGCUGACUACCUCAGAAAUACCUCUUACCAUUAGAUUGGGUCAUGUAAUUUUCUUCCUAUCCAUUUACUGCUUGUCAUUUACAUGUACUAACAUGUUGUGUGGUGUUCAGAUAGCCUAUAAAGAGUGACACAAAGUUUGUUCAGGUUUUUAAUGAAGUGUUUAAAUGAAUUGUGGCAGGUUUAACUCAAAUGCCAUGAAUUGUAAAUACUAUUGCUGGAACUGAAGGUAGUGCCCAACCAAGGAGUUAACGGUACUGUUAUACCGUGCCGUACAGUGUGUCAAUCCGAUUGAAGUCAUUACCUCCCUUGAUCAGCUGGUGCAAUAAUAUAUGAUGAAAUAGUCAUUCUGUUCAGGUGGUGUAGCAUUGUGAUGAAGUGUUUAUAGAACCUAGACAGGACUGUUGGAUGAAUAUGUCAGAGCUUCAAGCGUACAGAAUCGUAGCUAGUGAAAUAUUGUGUAAUUAAACUUUCCAUUGAGGUUUCACUUUCAGAUUAACGCUUUUAUAAAUCCUAUUUAAUUCAGGGCAAGAGUAGCUUUUGUGGGUAAUGCUUUUGGGUACAGUUCAUCACAUUCAAAAGAUCCUAUCCCAUUAAGGAUUUGUUUGAGGCAAACCUAGUGCAAUGCAUUCGU